UCCUCCUCGCAGGCUGUGGUUUUUCUGUACAUGUUUCUGGAGUCCUGAGCCUGAGCUAAACAAAAGCAGGAGGCUGACGGGGCUGCUGGAGUUUGCAGAGACACGGAGGAGGAGAGAGCCCGUGCUUUGCCUGUCGCCGCGGCUGGGGGAGAUCUGGCUUUUGCAACUGCCCACCCCCUUUGAGAUCGCUCUGGCCCGGAGUGGGGGUGGGGGGCAGCGGGGGGUGGGGGGGAAAGUUUGCAUUGCAAUCCCCCUGCCUUCCUCUCCUUUCUCCCGAUCAAUGCAUAUUUGCAAAAGGAUUAAGCCACAGAUUUAAGCGUCGGGAGCCCAUUUCUGCCUUGCAAAGGAGAUCGGACUGAAAAACCAAAAGCCAGCUCUGAUUUCUUUUCGCCAAGUGGGAAGGUGGUUUAUUUUUCUUGCUUUUUGGAGUCAACACCCUUCCCCACCAGACCUUAUCCCCACCCUCACCCCGCAACCCCUUCACGCCCCCUCCCCCUCCCCCUCCCCAUCCUCCCACCAUCCUCUAAAGAGGCAAAGGGAUUUUUUUUUCUUUUGGUCUUCUUUUUUUCCCCCUUCCCUGUUUAUCCUGAAAAGGAUUUGAAGACAAGCUUGAAGGAUAAAAAGCCUUGGUGCUUCCCAGGAGCCGAGCCGAGGAGCAGAAGAGGAAGAGCCGGGGGCUGCCGUAGCCUUUGGAGAUGGACGAGCAGCCCAGGCUGAUGCAUUCCCAUGCUGGGGUCGGGAUGGCUGGACACCCCGGCCUGUCCCAGCACUUACAGGAUGGGGCCGGAGGGACCGAGGGGGAGGGCGGGAGAAAGCAGGACAUUGGAGACAUUUUACAGCAAAUUAUGACCAUCACAGACCAGAGUUUGGAUGAGGCGCAGGCCAGAAAACAUGCUUUAAACUGCCACAGAAUGAAGCCUGCCUUGUUUAAUGUGUUGUGUGAAAUCAAAGAAAAAACAGUUUUGAGUAUCCGAGGAGCCCAGGAAGAGGAGCCCACUGACCCCCAGCUGAUGCGCCUGGACAACAUGCUGUUAGCGGAAGGGGUGGCUGGCCCCGAGAAGGGCGGAGGGUCAGCUGCCGCCGCAGCAGCAGCAGCGGCUUCCGGAGGAGCAGGUUCCGACAACUCAGUGGAGCAUUCCGAUUACAGAGCCAAACUCUCACAGAUCAGACAAAUCUACCACACAGAGCUGGAGAAAUACGAGCAGGCAUGCAACGAGUUCACCACCCACGUGAUGAAUCUGCUGCGGGAGCAGAGCCGGACCCGGCCCAUCUCCCCGAAAGAGAUUGAGCGGAUGGUGAGCAUCAUCCACCGCAAGUUCAGCUCCAUCCAGAUGCAGCUCAAGCAGAGCACGUGCGAGGCCGUCAUGAUCCUGCGCUCCCGGUUUCUGGACGCACGGCGGAAGAGACGGAAUUUCAACAAGCAAGCAACAGAAAUCCUGAAUGAAUAUUUCUAUUCCCAUCUCAGCAACCCUUACCCCAGUGAGGAAGCCAAAGAGGAGUUAGCCAAGAAGUGUGGCAUCACAGUCUCCCAGGUAUCAAACUGGUUUGGAAAUAAACGAAUUCGGUACAAGAAGAACAUAGGUAAAUUUCAAGAGGAAGCCAAUAUUUAUGCUGCCAAAACGGCUGUCACUGCCACCAAUGUGUCAGCCCAUGGAAGCCAAGCUAACUCACCCUCAACUCCCAACUCAGCUGGUUCUUCCAGUUCUUUUAACAUGUCAAACUCUGGAGAUUUGUUCAUGAGCGUGCAGUCACUCAAUGGGGAUUCUUACCAAGGGGCCCAGGUUGGAGCCAACGUGCAAUCACAGGUGGAUACCCUUCGCCAUGUUAUCAGCCAGACAGGAGGAUACAGUGACGGACUCGCAGCCAGUCAGAUGUACAGUCCGCAGGGCAUCAGUGCUAAUGGAGGUUGGCAGGAUGCUACUACCCCUUCAUCAGUGACCUCCCCUACAGAAGGCCCUGGCAGUGUUCACUCUGAUACCUCCAACUGAUCUCCCAGCAAUCGCAUCCCGGCUGACCCUGUGCCCAGUUGGGGCAGGGGCAGGAGGGGGGUUUCUCUCCCAACGCUGAAGCGGUCAGACUGGAGGUCGAAGCAAUCAGCAAACACAAUAAGAGUCUCCUUCUCUUCUCUUCCUUGGGAUGCUAUUUCAGCCAAUCUGGACACUUCUUUAUACUCUCUUCCCUUUUUUUUUUUUUUUUUCUGGGUAGAAGCCACCCCUCCCUGCCUCCAGCUAUCAGCCCGGUCCCCGUUCAUCUUCCCCAGCCCUUUGCCUUUGUCCUAGACUCCUGGGGUCCCCGUCCUCUAUGACAUCACUGAAGGAUAUUUUCAACAAUUAGAAAAAUUUAAAGAGGAAAAAAAAUGACGAAGAAAAUAAUAAACGUGUUUGUAUGUUUUCGUGCUGGUGGUUUGAGGAGCCAGAUUGACCUCCCUCGGGUCCCCGCUCCCUCUGCUGACAGACGGUCCUCUCGCUUCUCUUGCUCUUCUCUCACUACCUCUUAGCAGGGACACCCCACACUGCCCUCCUCCUCCCCAGCCCCUGCCUCCUCUUCCUCUUCCUCUUUGGGGACAACACCGACGGGAACACUUUGCUCCUCUUCCUCCCGGCCCCAGAUGUCUCCUGGGGACUGCCAGAGCUGGGCUUCUGAAGGUGCCACAUUGUCCACUUUCAGGCUGUGGGGUUGAUUCCCAGACAGGAGGGGUCAGGCCACCGGGGAGGGCAAGUGAACAGGAGGGGCAGAGUUCCUCCAGGCUUUCUCGUGCUCCUAACAACAGCUCUCCGUGUCAGAGGCACAGUCUUGGGAAACCAUUCAGUACUCAGUAAGCGAUGUUUAGAACUUACUCGGAAACCAGGCCUGAGUUAGGCACGGUGGCGAAUGCAUCGCCAAGGAGGAGGUUCUUCUCCCUGCGUCCUCUAACCAUCCCUUCACACACCAUACACACGUGUAGGCACACGCACCGUCCCACACCUUCACAUUCCCUAGAAGCCCUUUGCAAAUACUUAACAUUAGCAACCAGAGCACUAUACCUUAGGAGCCCGAGAGAGGGAAUUAGCAACUCUGGCUGAAUUAGCGACUCUCAUGAGUCUGGGGCUUCCCAUAGCAUGCACUUACCAGGAUGACGUACACACGACCUGACUGUGAUGAAGGCCAGGGUUGCUGUGUCAGCUAUCCCCACCCCCUCGGGAGCGCACAGGCAGCCACACGCAGUACUUAACAAUGUCUAUUAAUAGAUGUGGGUCUGUUCCAUUUCUGGUUUCCUACCAUGUAUUAGGCAUCUGGUAUUAUUACCCGGAGUGUUAUACGAUACCACAUUCCUAGUCCUGACCUAUCGCUCUGAAGGAGAGUUGUAUGAGAACAUAGCUCAUAUGGCCUUUUUGUUAGCUUCAUUUGAAGACCUAGGAUCAUGGGGAAAGGGGAGGUAAUGUUUCCAUUGAAAUCAUCAGUGACGUUUAUUCCUUAGGAACAUCUAGGAGAAGGUAACCUGUACUAGAAAUGUCACCUGAGUUCACUCUUUGUAGCCAACCCUACCAGCAGUAGAGAUGGCAGCUCUGUCAGUUAGGUGGGCAUGGUCACCUCUCUUGGUGCCUGGUUUUCUUCAUCUGUAAAUGGGGGUUGUUAUGCCUGGCUUGCCAAGAGGCUUGUAAGAGACUGGAAAAAUUGAUUUCAUUCACAUCCGAUCUGUAAAUGUGAAGUCAGGGCAAGUAAACUGAGUCAUGCCACAUAGGGACAAUAAAUGUCUGUCCUGUUCUAACUUCUGGUUACCGUUGGUAUCCUGAUGCCACCACUAUGAUGGCAAAGAGAAGAGUUACUGUUGGUUUUCUUAGUUUUGGUGUUUUAGAAUAGAGAAAAGCUGCCAAACUAGAAAAAUAGGACCUGGUUCUCUUGGUUUGUACUUGAACCCAACUCGUGGCCUUGUAUGUACUUGGUCCCUGUCGUGCCUCCUCUGCUCGGGAGGCUUCCAGGGAGAAGUACAAGACCCUGAGAGGUGAGGAGGGCCAGCUAACAAGGGCAUAGAAAUUUUGCAUGGCACUGCAGUCAUGAAUAGAAAAUGUUCCUCAGUGUGUUCUCUGGGGAGACAGGGAUGUUACCUAAGGAACUUGAAGAUGUGUGUAUUUGAAGGAAAUGCAAAAAGUCAAUAUUUGGCAAGAUAAGACUAGGCCUUUAUGACUAAGGACACUGAAAAGGCCAUGCCUGUUAACCUGUGCCAUGGUCAGAACAGCCCUAGAUUAUCAGGGAGCUUCUUUGUGACAACUCCAUGGUGACUAGAACCAGCAGAGAGCUUUGUCUCAGUAGCGGGAAUAUAUGGAAACUACCCACACAGGACCAUGGCUGGAUCACAUCUGCUUGACUUGGGACAAAGUACGACAGAAGGCUUCUCUUGGCAACCAGAAUGGCCCCAGAUUUGGCUUGAAUGAUUGCUUGUUAAGUGUAUGAAAAAGUUGAGAGCAGAACUACAUUUGCAGAGGCAGCUUCUCCCUGGUGGGCACUCAUGGCACUGAUGACCACCUCUCACAGCCUCUUCCUCGUCCAGCACUUCCUCAGUUGCCUCUAUACCCAACUUUUUCCCCGCAGUGACCCCCCAGGCCCACUGUCACCUCCAUCGUGGCAGCCAUGAGAUCUCCGCAUUAAGCCAUGCACGGGAACAUGGACCCCAGAGGGAUGGGUUUGGAAGGAGCUGCCUGUGGGAACUCGUACUAGGUCAGCCCUGCAGACACCCAGGGUUCUUUCGUUUUCUAUGGGAGUGGGGGUGCUCCAUUUUCCCUGACAGCAGAUUUCCCCGGAGAAGCGAUACUAGACCUUGGGAUUGUCCACUUGGUAGCUCUUCAUCACAUCCUCCUCCCUAAAGACUCCCCCUGGCAUGGAAUCGGCUCCCGUGCAGUCCUCUGCCAAGUGGCACCUUCUCUGAGUUUCGUUCUUAACUUUUCUGUGGUGGUGGUUCUUUAUUUGCUGGUUGCCUUUUCUCACACAUAUCUUUCUCCCCCCCUUUCCUUCUGCUUUUUGUUUUUCUGCCCAGAAAAACCUGACUUCGAUACCAAAAAAGAUGAAACUACAGAAACUCAAAUUUAAAAAAAACUUAAAAAAAACAAACAAAAAAAUACUCAACGAUUCUUUCAGCUUUAUUAACAUUUUCCAUUGUUUCUUGCGACUUGUGUCUCGUUCUUUGUAGUAUUGAUGAUGAACAUUUGAUAAUGAAUGUUCUUGUAUAUUCAGAUAAAGAAAAAAAAAAACCAAAAAAGCGGUCUGAAUUUAAUAGUGUUUAUAAUAAAAAAUUUUAAAAAUGACCCUCAUAGCACGCAAAACAGGAUGGGGAAUUUCCCCUCUUCUUUCUGUGACAAUGAGCAUCAUUCCUGCAUUAGUUUUUAACACCAAACUACCUACAUUCAUCAUUUCCCCCAUUUUUCUUUUAUUUUCUUGCAUUUGUGAAUUAGUUCAAGAAUGCUAGAAAAGUGUCGAGUUGUGCACAUCCAUUUCUUGUUUCACAAUGUUUAAAAGUGACAGUAAUUCAUUUUGUAAACU